UUGGCGGUUGCCGUAUAGUUGCUGGGAGGAGGCGGGAGGUGGAGCCGCUGGGGCUAAGAUCAUGCCAGACAGCGAGAGGUAUUCUGGGCAGCAGAGGCCGCUAGGCUUGGGAUGAAAGAAGCAGGGCAGAUGCAAAAUCUGGAGAGCGCGGGGGCCGGGCGGUCAGUCAGCACCCAGACUGGCAGCAUGACUGGUCAAAUACCAAGGCUUUCUAAAGUCAACCUUUUCACUCUGCUCAGUCUCUGGAUGGAGCUCUUCCCAGCAGUAAAAGCCCAAAGACAAAAAUCUCAGGAAAAGGAAGAGGGAAAACAUGGACCCUUAGGAGAUAAUGAAGAGAUGGCCAGGAUAUCUACUGACAAAAAACAGGUGAAGAGAACUGGUCUUGUGGUGGUGAAAAACAUGAAAAUUGUUGGUCUCCACUGUUCUAGUGAAGAUUUACAUGCUGGAAAAAUUGCUCUUAUAAAACAUGGGUCAAGGCUGAAAAACUGUGAUCUCUAUUUUUCCAGAAAACCAUGUUCUGCUUGUUUGAAAAUGAUUGUAAAUGCUGGAGUUAACCGAAUUUCAUACUGGCCUGCUGAUCCAGAAAUAAGUUUGCUUACUGAGGCUUCUAGUUCUGAAGAUGCCAAGUUAGAUGCCAAAGCAGUGGAAAGAUUGAAGUCAAACAGUCGGGCCCAUGUGUGUGUCUUACUUCAGCCUUUGGUGUGUUAUAUGGUGCAGUUUGUAGAGGAGACCUCUUACAAAUGUGACUUUAUUCAAAAAAUUGCAAAAACAUUGCCGGAUGCUAACGUUGACUUUUAUUCUGAAUGUAAACAAGAAAGAAUAAAGGAAUAUGAAAUGUUAUUUUUGGUUUCAAAUGAAGAAAUGCAUAAGCAAAUACUGAUGACUAUAGGCUUGGAGAACCUAUGUGAAAAUCCAUACUUUAGCAAUCUAAGGCAAAACAUGAAAGACCUUAUCCUACUCUUGGCCACAGUAGCUUCCAGUGUGCCCAACUUUAAGCACUACGGAUUUUAUUGUGGUAAUACCGAACAGAUUAAUGAAAUUCACAAUCAAAGUUUGCCACAAGAAAUUGCAAGGCACUGCAUGGUUCAGGCCAGGUUAUUGGCAUAUCGAACUGAGGAUCAUAAAACUGGAGUUGGAGCAGUCAUUUGGGCAGAAGGAAAAUCUAGAAGUUGUGAUGGAACAGGCGCGAUGUACUUAAUAGGAUGCGGUUAUAAUGCUUUUCCUGUUGGAUCUGAGUAUGCUGACUUCCCACACAUGGAUGACAAACAGAAAGACAGAGAAAUAAGGAAAUUCAGAUACAUUGUACAUGCGGAGCAGAAUGCCUUGACAUUUAGGUGUCAAGAAAUAAAACCAGAAGAAAGAACUAUGAUUUUUGUCACAAAGUGCCCAUGUGAUGAGUGUGUACCUUUAAUUAAAGGUGCAGGCAUAAAACAGAUCUAUGCCGGGGAUGUAGAUGUUGGAAAAAAGAAGGCAGACAUCUCUUACAUGAGAUUUGGGGAACUUGAGGGUGUUAGCAAAUUUACAUGGCAGCUGAAUCCAUCAGGAACUUGUGUUCGUGAACAAAAUGAGCCUGAAAGCAAAGAGAAUGGUGUGUUGAGACCCUUACCUUCGGGUGAAGAACAGCACCAAAACAAAAAGCUGUGUCUUGGAAACCACUAAGAAGUCCUGUCAAAACUGGAGUGAGGCCUCGAGAAUUUGCAUUGCACAUUUUAAAAUUCAUCCUUGUUAACUCAGAAAAUAAGGGUGGAUUUUGUGAAUAACUGAGAAAAAUUGUAAGGAAGAUAAGUUAUUACUACCAUAUGGAUGACGUUAAUGAGAAUAUUUUUAGUUUAGAUUCGUGUGUUUUCCAGA